UACAAUGUGUCAUUUUUACAUUUUUUAAAGAAUAUAGAAAAGCAUGUGGAAAAUGUAUUAGUUAAUGGAAACAGGCAUUACCAGAGAUGCCAUUGGAGUUCCUUAGAAUGAAUAGUGGUACUGUGUACAGUAGCUCGUAGUAGUGAACAAUUUAUGUUUAACAUUUUUGAAGGGAAAGUUGCUGUGUGUGAUAAAGAAAUACUCUGAAUUCUGUUUGUUCUAAACUACAUUUCAUUAUGCUGUGGGUAAUAUGUCUGUAAUUUGUUUUUAGGCAAAAUAUGUUGAAAAUACUAAUUCAAUAGAUAAUUCUUUUCUAGGAUAGGACUUCUGAGACGUGCUGCUAUAAUAUUUUUUGUAAUGAUAGCGAUGGAAGCUUCAAGCAUAUUCUACAUCAAUGUUCCAGACCCAUCAUGCCACUAUGUUUUUAGUUUCACAAGUGCCUUAUUGGGGUUUAUCAUAUUUUUGUGCUAUAUCCUGAAGAGUGAGACCCCACUUCAUAUCCAAGUGCUAAGAAAGCUGAAACUGGAAAAUACUCCAGAAGAUGAUUAUAGCUCUGAAUCUGUCAACAGCCCUCUGAGAUUUUUUACUAAACAAGAAGGAGAUGCAGAAAGUGAAGGCCCACCUCCUAGACCUAAUAGCUCCCUAAAUAUGCAUGAUGGAGCAGCAAGAGAAGAUGAUGGCGAUGGAGACCAAACUGAAGGCUUGCUGUUGGUUGAAACUAGGAAUAGAAGGACGCCUCCAUCAGAUGGAGCUCCCAGCACAAUUGAGACAUUUGUCCAUAGUGUGGAAGGUUCCAUGGAGGAUUGUGGUGUUAAUGUGAGUGGCCCCAAGGUUGUCUUUCAUGGGUCAGACAGCAGGGUGCUACUGAAGGGGGACUGUAAGGAUGUUGACCUUGAGAGUUACAAUAAUAGCCCUCGCAAAUACAAAAAACAGUUGCUAAACUGCAGGGAUGCAGAUGUUUUCUGUGAGUAUGUGGAGCAAGAUGUCGGAUUGCCAGUAGAUGAGCAAAUUCUUUCUAGUUCCAGAGAUCAGUGGAGGUUUGUGAGAGGAUUCUACCACAAUGGUGGAACUCCUACCAUUGGGUCAAUGCCUAUACCUAAGCCAGAACCUGCACAGUGCUAUAUUCGUGAGCAGACUCCUCCACCAGUGACAUCCACACACCAAGAGAUUGUGACCACUAGAGUCUGUGUUGAGUUAGGUGUCAUCGCAGAUCCUAGGCAACAUCUGGACCAGCAAGGAACACUGGAAGCACCAGCCAUAGUCUUAUGCAGUGUUGAUGUUGAACCUUGCCACAGAGGAAUUUUGGACUUAGCUGAAGUGACUGCAGCUGUUGAAACCAAUACUUGCUGCACCAAUGAAGGACCACAGGAAGAGCAAGAGGAGGAAGAAAGUUGCAAUGGUGAUUCUCAACCUGAUGGUCAGGAACUUUCCCCACAAUUAACAUGUGGUGAAGAUGAGCCAGAGAAAUCUUGCAGUACUGCAGAAAGGAAGCAGCCAGAAGGAAGGGAGAAAUCCCAGCCCGUAAUUUCAGUAACAGAAGCAGAAGAGGACAUGUUGGACAGAAUUUCUCACGAUUUGGAUUACUUGCUAAAUCGAAGGCCACCACAUAAUAAUGGAGCACCAGCAUUUGCGCGAAAAACAAGCAAGCCUCCUGCAGCAAGUGUUUGCAGUCAAAUCCAAGAAGAAGAAGAGGACGAGACAUCAGUUAUUACUGGAGAAACUGUUGCUAAUGGUGGUGGAACAGGUGAAUCUUAAUGAAGUACCACAUGUUAUACUGAUGAUGAUAUUUUAUAUCAUUAGUUUAUAGCACUAAUAUUCAGAGGUUAGAGUGGCAGGAAGACAAAGUGGGAUAAGUUUCUUUCUUAAUUUAUUUCAACACAUUUACUGCUGGGUAUUUGAAAGCAGUUUGUAAUUAAAUGCUGGAGCUUAUAGCCCAGUAAUAAAGAACUAUAUGUUAAAUCAGGGAUUUUUAGCACUGACAGUAUUAUAACAUAUCUGAUAAACUGAAGACACUAAUAUUAUUAGUGAAUGUGUUAAAAUGCUUUGUUGUUGUGUUACCUGCUCUUUAUAAUUAUUAUUUUUGUUGUACUAUUGAAACCCAAAGUUUACUAAAUUUUAUGAGUAAAUGUAGAGGAGGGUAAAAUGGAGUUCAGAUUUUUAAUUUGGCCAAACAACUUUGGCCUUCAGACAGUAAAAUGAAAACUGUGAUAGUCCAAGUAGUGUAGUGAGACAUGGUAUACUUAAUCCACCAUGAAUAAAAUGUAUCAAUCUUUAACAAAUUUGUAUUUUAUGCCAAAUUGUUUUAUUAAAGAUAACUGUUUAUAAGUAAUGAAUUUAUUAUAAAUUCAUGAUUCUAAUGGAAAUAAAAAUUAUGCCUACUCAAAGAUAUGGCAGGCAAGAUUUCAUAUUCUGACAGUUGCAAGUAUGAGAAUGACUCUCUUUUUCAUACUCUGGGAUAUAUUCCAAUAAGGCAAUUGGGGGUUCCUAUCGAAACCUGAAAAUGAAGUUGGAUUUAGUGAUGCAUAACAGAAGCAUAUAUGUCUUUUGCAUUCCUAAUCUCUAUCUUAGUUUUCAAAAAUUUUGUUUUGAUAUUACUUUGAAAAAUUAAAUUUUGAUACAACCGUACAGCAUGUUAUUUUCAAACAAAUCAUUGCCUUUGAUUUUUAUUUAAGACAGCUAAGUCUGCACUCUAUGCUAUCUCAGGCAUGUUGUUUUGUAGAUUAUUAUAUGAUUCUUUAUGAGAAACAUAAGCAGUAUAAUUUCAUAUUUGCACCCUUGGUUGUACAGAGGUAGACUGUAAAUUUAUUAAAAAUUUCAAGUGGAGUAAUUAACACCCUACUCCACAUAUCAUCCCACUACUUCUGAAGUCUCACUCUGAGCUCUGUAUAGAAUAUAAUAAUAAAGAACUAUACAUUACUAUAUUUUUGUACCUGAGAUAUCUAGUUAUAAAAGAAAAAUAAAUGUAUUCUUUAGUUAGUUAUUUAUAUUAAGUUGACAGAAUUGAUAAUGAAAGUAUGGCACUAAUAGUUAUAUAUGUAAGUUAAUGAAGACUGUUAGUAUUUCCUAUUAUUAUCUUAGUUAUGUAAAUUGUGCACUGGCAUUUUUGAGUUCCUGUAGUGUUUUUAUAGUCAAAAGAAUUGGCUGUGUAUUUGAUAUUCAUUAAUUCAUCCCACCCCAAAAGAAAGACAAUUAUUGUUGAUUUAAUUAGAGUAGAACAGAACUUAAUUUUGUAUUCCUGUUGGCAGUGGUGUAGUACAGAGAAAAAGAAAAUUAUUGUAAAAAGCUACUUCAUAAAGGAGUAAGAUUGAAUGUAAAAGGUGAAGUAAGCAGUAGUUCGUGAAAAGUAUAUUUAUGAUUUUUAAUAUGGUUCGGUACUGUAUAUUUCUUCAACAGGUGCAUAAUAUUUUAAUCAGUCACAUAUUUUAUGUUAUUUAUUCUUAGUAAAUCCUAUAUCGUGCGACAUAACACAUUUAAAUAAUAAUUAAAAUAUUUUUACAGGUAAUGUGAUGUAUUAGCUUAAUGGCUCAUUACCAUACUUCAGUCUAGUAUAUUGAGUGCUCCUGUCAACACAGAAUUUCAUGACCCUUUAACUGUAUUUAAAAUUUGUUCUUUACGUUGAAGUAAGCCACAUCCCUUUAGUUCUCCCUGUCUGCUAAUUGGAGAAAUUGCAUGGUUUCAAUCUUCUUCUUGUAUGGAAUUAAAAAUAAGCUUUGAAUAAACAUAAUUUUCUUUAGUAACAGUCGAUGACUUGCAGACUUCAUGGAGGUGCCAGUGUUUUUGUGUUACAAAAUGAAAGCCCAAUUUUAUGACAAAGAUUUCUUUUUCUUUAGAUGCAUUUCUUUCUCUUCAUUAUCUCUAACUUGAAUUCUGAAUGUUCAUCUACUGAAUAAAUACAUUUUGCAUUUGAUAACAUGUUCUUGGUCCCGUUGCAUUUAUAAGAAUGUCCGUGGAAUGAUAUAAUAAGAUGUAAGAGGAAAAUGGAAACUGCUGUUGGAUUGAGAUUUCUAUGAUCCAUAUUCAAUUUGUGUAUUUUCUCUGCAUUAAAUGAUAAAGUUACUGGUGUGUAGGAACUCAGUGCCUCCACAUUCAAGGUAUAAGGCAACUGUAAAUGAAGCACCAGUUUUCUCUAAAAUAAUAUGACACACACACAUUUCUACAGUGAUCAAAAUGGUGAGUUCAUGUGGGUAAACAUUUGAAGUGAAGUUCGUUACAAUUAAUUAUACUAUAUGGAAUGAAAACGUGUAGUGAAAACCACACUUAUUGUAAACCGUCUAAAUAUUGAUUGUCGGCUUCUGAAGUUAGUUGAUUUCUGUCAGAGGUAUUAUAGAAUAAUCAGUUAGGUAGUGUCUGAUUAGUGGGUAUUUCUGAAACAGAUACAAAAUAUGCCUGAACCCUCUCUCUUUGCCUACCAUUACUUUUAAUUUUUACUGUUUGCAGUUAACAAGAUCUGGUCGAAUUAUGUAGCUCGACAUUACUUGUUACAAGUGUAUUCCUCAGGAACAUCGUAAUAAAAGAAUGCAGACAAGUCAUGACCUGCUGUAACUUUGCUAUACCACUGCCAGUUUUUCCUUCUUAUUGUGUUAAAUUACAGUGGGAAAAAUCUGAAACAGACAACAAUUUUUAUGCUUUGAAUUAGGGUUUAGAACAAGUAUUUUUUUUCUACUCCAAACAUGAAGUAAUUAUCGCAGUCUGUAUACAGUAACAGUAAAGUAAAGCAGUCCUGCUACAUGCCAUAUAGGUCAUUUGGGGGCUCUGCUCAUUCUUUACCUCGGCAGUAGAUGGGGGUGAGUGGUCAGCAUCACGCCUCGCUGUAUACAGUACUUCGGCUAAUAUCAUUAUUCCAUCCAUCAAAAUUUACAAGCUAUUGUACUUUGACUUUCCAUUAAGCAGAAGAGCUUGAUUAUAUGUGAUACAUACUUUUGUAUUCUUUAUUAUUAUGCGUGCGUGUUCAAAUUAAAAAUGUACUAAUCAGCAAAUACUGUUAAAUAUACUUCAAACAGAUUUGUUCUGAGACUAAUGCAUUUAAAGAAAUAAUACUUGGUUCCUAAUAUGUUUUACAGAUUGGCUGUAAUUUCCAGAUACUGCAGUGUGUGUGUUGCAUAAUAUUUAUUAAGAAAUGUUUUACUUCACCUAUUUAUAUUACGUAUGAGUACACAUUGUAAAUUAUGCUUAAGUGUAUCAAGCACUAACAUAAUUCCAACACUUCACACAUUCAAUUCAUUGAGCUUCAUGCCACUCAUAUGCAUUGGUUGUGAACUUUGGGCAUUUUCUCAUAUAAAAUAGAUGGUGGCAAUUCACUUCUAUUAUUAUGCAGGCCACGCACCAUAUCACUUAUGAAGUAUUGUAUUUGAUUUUUACACUGACUUUUAAUUUUGUAUAACUUUUAUUUUACACUUUUGAAGGUGAUUGAAAAAUAGAAAUAUCUUACUGUAGUUAAAGGACAACAUUUAUUAUAAAUUAUUUGUAAAACAUACAUGUACAGUAUAAUAUUUUCUUUUUCAUAAUCCACGUAACUCUGAAGUGUGUCUUGUCUGUCUCUUGCCAGUGUCACCACCACUGUGAGAACCUCUUACCUUAUGUCCCUGUAUUUGAAGUGUGCAUAAAUAUUGUAUAUAUAAGUAAUAUUUCACAGCACUGCCACUUCGUACUUGAUAUGUAAUUUUUAAUGCAUCAGAGAAAUUAAUCGAGUGAAUAAAAAUUUACAUUUCAGAACAAUAACAGAAAUGUUCUAAAUUUGUUACUAAUACUUACUUAAAGUGUUCCAUACUUGCUGGACUGUGUUCUAGAAAGAGUUUAUCAAUAGCAACAUUACUUUGUAUAUGUUAUCGUCAGCCUUCCACAUCUUAGGUCCAUUUGUUUAUUACAGUCUCAUGUUACUGUGCAUGUAUUUCUAAUCAAAAUACAUGUAUUUUGUAAUUUAAAGCAGUCGUAAAUAAUUUAGGUUUACCGUACUUUGGAACUGUGAAGACUUUCUUUACAGAAACAGUGAGCUUAUAAAAUUUGAUUAUACUCUCUUGUAAAGUUAACCUUUAUCAUCCAUGUGGCACGGCUUAAACACAAUUCAUCUGGCCAUACAUUGCACUCGCAUACUGCUAAAUGGUUAACUUAGGUGUUGAAAUCUGGCUGGCAGCUUGAAGUACAGGCAUUUAAAUGCCCUGUUCCCAAAUGAUAAAGGUAAAAAAAUUAAUCAAUUAUUAAAGAUUUGGCUGACAGAUAUAAUAUGCCAGAAUUAAUAUAACUUUUGCUAUAAAUGAUUUUUUAAUUUGGUUUAAUUUUUUUCUUUAUAUUUUGAUAUAAUUAACACAUUCACUGUCAUGCUGGGAAUUUAUAAAUGGUGAUGUUUGAUGGGAAUGUAGAAAACUGUUUCAGAUAUAAGAAUAUGAAAUUCUCACACAUUAAUUUUCAGGUCGUAACACGAUGUCCUUUCUGACACGAAUUGAAUCGUAUGUAGGUUUCACUGCGAAUGUGUCAAAUUGACAGUUAUCAUUUUUUAGCAAUGAAUGUGUUUAUGUUUAUAAUUUAAAGUUAUCUGGUGAUAUACAAUGUAAAUCAGUUACACCAAAUUGUGUAAAUUACAAAUCAAAUAAGAGCAUUCACUGAUAUUAGUAUAGUUCUUAGAUGCACGUAAUUGAGAGACCAUCCUAGGUUCAUAUCAUUCAGUUAAUAGUUGAAAACUGCAUUAUUAUGCUAAGAGAUAAGGUGUUCAUAAAAAAUUAUUGUGUGAUACUGGUAAGGGUUUAGGUGUCUGCUUUAAAUAAGUUUUCUUGAAUCAAACCCCUUGUAUUUACUGCUGCUGCUAUGACAGAAAUUCCCACUUCUGUUAACAGUGAAAUAGGUUGUCUUCUGAUGGCGUUUAUUAUGUAUUAAUAUAUGUGUACUCUACUUUAUAUAUUUUCAUAACUUUAUAUCUGUUAGUAAUUUAGUAAGAAGAUGGAUAAAAAAUAAUUAAAGCUCUAGGAGUCACUUUAUGUAAAGAAAUUCAAUUUGGCAUAGUCGUGUAAAAGUAUUGAUGAAGGAACUGGACAUAACCUCUUAUAUGAGUGGAGAUGGGCGAGGUAAAUCCCCAUUCCUAAUUCAGUUGUGUUGUAAAUGACUGGAUGAGAACAAACUGAAUAUAGUUUGCUUGUGAUACAUAAUGUUUUCUCACUUAGUGCAAACCUGAAAUAAUGUGGCUGAUUAUUCUGCAGAUUCACAGAUUUUUGUUACAUUUUUAUUUUGUUGAAUAUGAAAUUAUGCAAGACAUGGUUUUAAAAGAAGAUGGAAUCUUCAGUAGUAUAUGAUUUCUGGACAUCUGUAUAUCCUCUGAUCUAGUCUCUUUUGGUACAUUUAUGUUGCUGUAGUUUCCUUUAAAUUUCAUGCAUUCUGGGCACCAUAUAAAUAUUUGUCAGAAAAAUAAAUUUCCAACUGCAUAAAAAUUUUGUUAAUAAAAUCUGUAUGUAGUAUAGUGAAAUUGUUAUUUAAAGUUUCUCUGGAUUUGGAUGCUAAAAUUGGAAUUUAUCACUGAAAUAUUGAGGUAAGACCAUUGAAAUAGAAUACUCAUGUAAAAUGUUUUUAGAGGGAUCCAUUAUAUAAAAAUACGGAAAUGAAAAGAGCAUAUGUCAGUAUUCUUCCAAAAUGGUGGGGUUCGUAUGGAAGAUAGGGCUCCAAGUAUAUAUUGUGAGCAUUUAUGACAGUGAGCUUCUUUCUGUGCGCAAUUUUCGUGUGCAUUUUUGUCGUGUACGGUUUUGUCUGGUCACCAUAUACAUCACCAUGGGAUGUAUGUGUAUGUUCACCACGGGAAAGACAUUGUAGGCUAAUUGUGGGUACGUGUUAACUUUUCUCUAAAUAUAUUAGAAAUGCAAUAGAUAAUUUUUUAUAAUGUGGAAGGUGCAGAAAUUAAAUUGAAGCCCCCCCCCCACUGAUCUUAAAAUCUAACAUACAAGUUUUUUAAAAAUCUCUUAUGAAAUGUUUCUAUACAUCUUCUUUGUGGAAGGCUGUGGGUUUCUUCAGGGCCAAAGUCAUUUAAAUUGUGUUUAUGGAAUCCUGGUCUUUAGUACUGCAGAUAUAUUUAGAUCACGUAUUGUUUCAUUAUAGUGAAGUAGACUAUCUUAUUGCCAGUUUUGUGGAUAUAAAGUUCCAUUUUACCAGACAUUUUUGUUAAAAGUAGCUUCUAAGUGAUAUGAAUGUUCUCACAAUUUAACUGCUAUUCAGUGCAUUAUGAAUAUAAUAUGCACUUGUUUUACAAUGGGCUCUGAACGUAGUCCAUGAGAUGUUUGGAUACAGAGUGCUGUUGCUAAAGCCAUAUGAUUUAACAGAUUUACGCUGGCUCAAGUGAAUGUAACAUUUUGUACAUAAUAUGUGUGCAUGAUAAUGAUUUAUAAGCCUUUUUCUUUAUGGGGUAUGUGUAUUCAAAAGUGAAAGUGAUUGUUGAAAUUCAACAAUCUGUGCCUUCAAGUGUGGACAGGAUGAGAAUGAGUUACACAUCUGUUGCACAUUAACUAUUUUCCUGCGUAAUUUUUAUUGGGACAAAAUACCUUGGCUCUUUGAAUAAAUCUGAACAUUUUUUUUUUUAAAUUUUGUUUUGUGUUUAGGUUAGUUACCAUCCAAUACAUUCACUAUUCAAUUCAGAAUCAGCAGAUAAGAGUUUACUCAUAUUGUCAUCAGCAGUAUGUUUAUCUCUAAAAGAAGUCAUGAUUAUUGCUUGACAGGCUACCUACAAAUUAGUGCAACUUAAGAAAAACAGACAAAUCUUACAGGAAAUAAUAUAUUUAAUACAGGCAAAAGAUUCUACAUAUUGUCAACACUUGUCCUACCCUUCCAUCAAAAUGUCUGCUACAUAAUGCAGGGCCAUGGAGUUUAAAAUCUCAAUAAAGUGAGUUCCUGAGACACUGGCUGCUAGUGGUCAUAUUAUUGCUUUGCUUUGCAGUGAAAGAGUUAAAAUAAUGUAAACCAUUAUUAACUGUCCAAAAUUCACUUUAUGAAGAAUUAAAAAAAUAUGCCAAAAACAGAAUAUGAGUCCCCAUUUAAUUUGCUCAAGCCCUGUCAGAUAUUCAUCACAGAAAUGUUUUAAAAUGAAUUUUCCUAUAAAGUUUGAAUUUAAUGUCACCUAACUGAAAUAGAUAUUACAGUUCUUCAGUGUUUGGUGAAUUUAGAUGUAAAUUUAUUAUACCUAAACUGACAUACACUGCCCUUUUUGUAAGAAGAAUAAAAAUCAUGUUGCAUAUUUUUGUAAAUCUCCAGAGUUACCAAUAAACUUAGGAAGUGCAAAAUGCAAGUAAUAUAA